CUUAAUUGUGUUUCACUAAAUUGUUUGGUGUUUGCCAGUGUGAUAAUACAAGAACACUACUACUGUGAAUGAAAUAAAGAUGUCCAUCACGGCUUACAAAGUUCAAGGGUGAGAAAGUUAGUUAAAAAAAUCUCUUGAGCAACUAUUAAGCCUCAACAACAUUAUCCAUUUCAGAUUUUCUAGGACUGCAUUUCAAAGUUUUCAUUAACAGUGAAAAUCACGUGCCUAAUCAGCCGUUUGGAUGAAUAAAUGGGACACAUAUAGCCCGAAUGAGAUCCAGGAUUCAGAGAAGCUUCAUGUCUGUUCCAUGGUCCACAAAUAAUGUUCUGCACAACAUGUCCAAAGUCAAUCAAACUGCAGUUGUAACCAGUGUGGCCCAUGUGGAUGAUUUCUCCUCCUCUCUUAUUGCUCUUCUUGUGGUGCUCACACUAGCCCUCACUAUACUCGGAUUAUCUCUGGUGACAUUCCACUGUCACAAAUCAAAAUUAAGGGACAGAAAGCUUAAGAAAGCCCAGCAAGAAUAUGAAAAGGAUGUGAAACGGCACAGGGCCCAUGCACAGAAAAGACUACAGAAAAUUCUAGCUGCAUCUGCACAUAGCAGAGGAAAUGUGCGAGUAGGGCUUCCCAAAAAAGGCCAGGUACAUAGAAUACAUGAGGUCCAAGCAAUAGAAAUUGCAGAAGGCUUGAAAGAGGCAAGAGCUCAAAAAAGCAAAGCUGGCCCAACAGCAAGUAAGGCAGAGAAAACCCUGAGUAGCUUUGUAAAAAGAAAUUGUCAGGAUACAUUAACAGGACUAACAGAAAGUGGGUCACAAGUAACACUAGAGUAUUCAGGUGGCAGAAUUCAACAAAAGCCACUGGGGGGCCUAAAAUGGAGUGGCUCACAUAAAUUAGGAAAGACUGCACAGAGCAGACCACUGGAAACAGUGGGGGAGCAAGCUGAACAUGUCUCGCAGAAAGCAGUAGGAGGUCUGAAAGAAAGCAAAACACUUACUGAGAAAAGGCCACAUGAGGCACAAGUAAGCCAGAAAUGGAGCAAUCCUAUGGUUAUCUUUGGAAAGCCCAUAGACAGAAGAAAACAAGAACCACUUCAUAGUACUAUAAAAGGUACAUCGCCCAAAAAAGUAGAAGAUCUUGCUGAAGGUAGCAACCAAAAAGCUAAACAAGUAGUUCAGGAAAGCAGUGCAGAAAUACAAGACAACAGCCAAACUGUGCAAAGACCAUAGUGGGUGCCUGGAGGAUCCACAAACAGCAGAUCAUAAGAAACACCAGAAAGACUUAAAAAGAGCAGGCAGCAGAAACCUUAAAGACUAAAGCCCCCAUUACUGUCCUUGCACCUUGAAAUUAGCAAUAUUUUCCAUAGACAUUUUGUAAUAUAAGAACAUUUUAAUGGGGUGGGAUCUUUAAAAAGAUUUUCAGAAACAAUGACCAUUUACCUAUUCACUUUUUAAAAUGUUUUAACAGUCACAUUACUGAUGAGAGCCAGAGCCUAUCCUAGCAGCAUUAGGCACAAGUUAAGAACCAAAUCUGGACUAAACAUAAUUCAACCAUGGGAUAUUCUCAAAAAGACACCUACACUCUCUCAGGUUUCAUUUAUGUUUACUCAUCUAUUCUGUGCUUAUACAGGAUGUACAGGAGACUCAGAGUAUCCAGAAAAAGCUCAUAUGGAUAUGGGGAGAACAUAUAAAUUCCACUAAGCCAAUGGCCAGGCAAAAAAUUGGAACCCUGGUCCCAGGAGAUUUCAUUCCACCAGACUCACCAAACUUCAGAAA